CCCUCCCCCUUUCUCUCCCGAGACUGUGAAACGGACCUCCGCUUCCUCGCCCUUCUGUGCCUCCCCUGUUAUGGACUCCUCCACUCUUUCUCUCUCUACAUUUCCUUCGAAUUACAACAAGUUCACCACUGCACUUAAUGCCGGCCUCUUGAACCCCCUCUCUCCUCCUCCCCCUAUGGAGAAGACGAGGUCGAGCCCUACUUUGUCGGAGAUGAUGAGGACCGAGCAAGAUAGUAGGCCGAGGUAUCAUAUUCCUGUGAUGAAGCAGCCGGUUUCCGGCCAGGGGGAUAGCCACUGUCUGUUUCAGGAACAGGUGGCUGAGAUUUUGGGUAGCUGUAGCCCUGGGAACUUGUUCAAUGAUUUGGGGAGCAGCGAUGUGAAGCUUACAUUGAGCUCAAGGGAUGGGUUUAGUGUGACCUUGAAUUUGCAUCGGCAGAUCUUGGUGGCCAACAGUCGGUUUUUCGCGUCAAAGUUGUCGGAGAGGUGGUCAAAGCAGCAGAGGUCGCUGCCGCAUUUGGUGGAGAUUUCGGAUUGCGAUGAUGUGGGGGUUUAUAUGGAGACUUUGAGGUUAAUGUAUUGUAAGGAUCUCAAGAGGAAGCUUAUGAAGGAGGAUGUCUCUAAGGUCUUGGGUAUACUCAAGGUCUCUGCUGCCAUUGUGUUUGAUGCAGGGGUUGUUUCAUGCCUUGAAUACUUGGAAGCCGCCCCAUGGACCGAGGACGAGGAGGAGAAGGUAGCCUUCCUCCUCACCCACCUCCAGCUUGAGAGCAUGGGUGCCUCUGAAGUUCUCAAGAGGCUUUCUGUCGAGGUCUUGGCCAUGGAUGAUGGAGACGAGGGCUCUGAAGAGAUUCUUGUCAAGCUUCUGCAAGUGGUCCUCGAAGGCCGAGACGAGAAGGCUAGGCGUGAGAUGAAAGCCCUUGUUUCCAAAAUGCUCAGAGAGAAUGCAGCUCACAACAACCUAACCGACCUCAGUAAAGAGUCUCUCUACUCUGCUUGCCACCAUUGUCUUGCCCUCCUUUUGCAGAAUUUUUUAGUAGCAACAGCUGAAGGGUUCAUGGAGUGGGCCCAAGAUGAGAGAUCGAUAACAGUGAGCCAAAUCUCACGUCAUGCUGAUAAUCUCCAUUGGCUUUUAGACAUUUUGAUUGACCGACAAAUGGCAGAGGACUUCGCCAAGAUGUGGGCUAAUCAGGCUGAUCUUGCUAAGCUCCACCCAAAGGUUCCCACAAUGUACAGAUAUGAGGUGAGCAGGCUCACUGCUAGGCUUUGUGUGGCCAUAGGCAAGGGCCAGAUAUUGACCCCAAAGGAUGUGAGGUGCUCGCUUUUGGGUACUUGGUUGGAGCCUUUGUAUGAGGAUUUUGGGUGGAUGAGGAGGGCAUGUAAGGCUCUUGAUCGCAAUGUGGUGGAGUAUGGUUUGGGCCAGACAAUUCUUACUCUGCCUCUUGAGCAACAACAAGCUAUUUUGCUAGGUUGGUUUGAUCGGUUUCUCAAUGCAGGGGAUGAUUGUCCUAACAUUCAGAGGGCAUUCGAGGUGUGGUGGAGGAGGGCAUUUUUAAGAAAGGGUUCAGAGUCCGAGCGCCCACAGCUUCAGAUUGUUGCUGCUUCUCAGAAAUGAGACCACUGUUUGAAGGGGCUAUGCUUUUAUAUAGGUGAAUUUGGGGAGAGAGGUGGGGUUUGAUUUGCCCGGUUUUUGUGGGUUUGUCGAUUGAUUUCCUUCCUUAUUGGUCCACACUCGAGGUUCUUUAUGAUGAUUUGUGCUUGUGAAGCAUCCUGAUUUAGAAGCAAGAUGGCAGAACAUAUUUCAGGUUUUAGAGUGGAAUUACGGGUGAUGCCUUCAGCUAUGGAGUGAGAGGAUCAAUGAAAGGGAGAGGAGGGAUGGCUGGGUUUUGAUUUGGUUACCUCAGGCUCUGGUGAUGGUGUAGUCAUCUUCUUUAAUGCUGUCUAGAAGCCAACCUCGGAACCUAGUUCGGUAGCGAGGCGUCGAUGGAGUAAACAUGCCCACCAUGGAGGCCGCCUACUAUUUCAAGUGAUUGUUGAGAGUCUGUCCUCGUUGUGUUGAAUUGAACUGGAGGUAUCACUACAUGAAACCAAGUCUGGGUCUCUCUCUCUCUCUCUCUCUCUCUCUCGUUCUCGAUUUCUUGAACUGGAGGUAUCAUUACGCGAAAUGCCUCACCCCCGCCGUGCAAUUUGUUUCUAUUUG